CUAUAGUGAGUGCCGCGUAGGCCCGUUGGGAGCUCCGCGGCAUAUAUGAACUUAUAUGAAUUCAUGUUUGCUCCUAAGCCAGAUGUGCCAAGGCGCCUAAGACAUAAACGCCCAUGGCUCAAUCUCGAGCAUAUUUGAGCCGCCAGACGCACAUAUUCUGUCCGCGGUAGAAUUUACCCCGAAUCUGCAAGUUGGUGUUCCAAAUAUUUCCCCAAGGGGAAGCCGGAAAUGUCGUGAGAUGACUGGCUGCUGCUAUAUCAGCCUAUUUAACCCCCCAUCAUUCCACUAUGUACCCCCUGGUUCAUCCCGAGUCGCCUCUCUCGGUAUGGUACGAUAUGAAAAGCGCUGCGCUCACACACGCGCUCUUACUGAUGGCGCUAGCCAGUAUACUACCCUUCCUCCGCGGUUAACUAUUUAAGGGAAUAUGGGGAAGAGAGGGGCUACGUGGGAAAAGACUGGGAUAUGGUAGUAGUAAUAAGCCAAGUGUCCCUCGAGGAUUGUCUUGUGGAUGUGUGCUUAUUGUCCACUCUGUUCUACUAGCUGGAAGUUGAGUUUUGUGAUACCUACCUCUUUCCAGCCUCGCUCAACAGGGACCAAUUGAAGAGAUGCGGUGCUCUGUGCUAGCUCUGCCGGUCUUGGCGACAGCCGCCUCUGUCGUUGCCCAAGCCCCGAAUCCCGGGAAGGACGGGAAGUACACGAUAUCUUCGUCGGGAAUAAAAGCUCAGUUUAUUCCGUACGGAGCCACGCUCACUAACCUCUUCGUCAAAGAUAAGAACGGAGAGGAUGUCGACGUAGUACUUGGAUAUGAUGAUAUAGACUAUUAUCCUAAGGACCCAGGACAUCCUGUCUAUAACAGCAUCCCUGGUCGUUAUGUCAAUCGCAUCGGUAAGGGCAGAUACACGAUCGAUGGUAAGACAUACGACACUCAGAUCAACGAUGGGAGCAACACGUUACAUAGCGGCACGAACAACUGGUCGUAUCGUGUAUGGAACGUGACUGAUGCUACCAAAGAUUCCAUCACUUUCACCGUCAAGGAUGCGUCGAACUCGUCCCAAGGAAUGUUGGGUCUUGUCCAGGGCCAAGUGACGUACAGCGUCAGCGGGAGCACAUGGAAGAUCAAGAUGGAGGCGACGUCGCCUGAGGCUAGGACUCCGCUCAUGCUAACCCAGCACACCUACUUUAAUCUGGAUGCCUUCAAGAACCCAGAUACAAACAAGAUCUGGAACCACACUCUGUACUUGCCGUACUCAAAACGAUACCUGAUCGCGGACGACGGUGCGUUGCCUACGGGUCAGAUUGGAACUGCGGCGCCUAAUAGCAUCAACGACUUUGCUAGUCGCCCAGGUUUAUUCCUGGGUCAUGCGCAAAGUGACCCUAAGUUCUCUGGUAACUGCGGCGGCGGCGGCGCCUGUGAGGGAUAUAACGGUUACUUCCUGAUCGACAACGCACCUAAGGAUGCCGUAGUCGUCAGUUUAGCUAGUGAAUUUUCUGGCAUCACCGCUGAUCUGCGCACCGAUCAGUCCGGAUUUGUGCUUUACUCAUGCAAUUGGAUGGAUGGGACCGCCAAUUUGAAGAGUACGCAAGGUACUAAGGCCAUUAAGAAAGUGGGCAGAAGCUCCUGUGUCGCUAUUGAGGCUCAAGAUUAUGUGGAUGGUAUCAAUCAUCCCGAAUGGGGACGAGUCGAGAAGCAGAUCACCGGGCCAGGCCAGAAAUACUCAUGGGAAAGUUCAUGGACACUUAGUACCGCUCACUGAGACUUCGUAAGGGGUUAGUAAAACUCGUCAUAUUCACUUGGAUAGAGGAUAGCGGUCAGGGGAUUCGUUCGUACAUACAUACAUAGGUACGUAACGUAUCAUUAGCGAUGCUGGGUGCGAAAGAAGCUGGACGGGUCUUGAAUUGUACAUAGAAGGAGGGGUUCGAGAAAUGAUAGUCUUGCCUUGUGGCGUAAGUCCAGCUCGCUCAAUGCUCUGAUGAUAGAUGAUGCGGGACUUGCGACAGUUUGCGUAAGCCUUGGUGGUUGAAAUCUUCAUUGCCAAGAUUCAAUUGGAAAUGCACGCUGACAUCAGAAUAAGACCACUAGAAGAAUUAUUUUUUCUCUUUUUUUUUUCUCGUUUCUUCGCUGGACAUGGUGUAGAUACAACCCAGGUCGAGGGGCCUCCGUGUGGCUUCACAUCCUAGACCUGGAGUAAGGAAAACGUCCUUCCAUGUAGGUAGACAUUGUGCCUGACAAGUCAUAAUUGAUGUGUCAGAUAGGCAGAUUUGUUAUCAAUCCGACUUGCUGGUGUUCUGUUUGCCUUUUUUUUCUUUAAUUUUUUUUUUCUUUUAUUCUUCAUUAGGCGAAAUCUGAU